GGAAUCUGCCUCUGAGCUGACCUAACCUCAAAUGCUAAACGUCAAAUCAGCUGAUUGGAUAAUGGCUGAGUUCCUGGCUGAAAAUAACGUUUGCGGCAGGAAUUUGCUGCAAAUCACAGCUCUGGGCAAUGCGAUUAUAGCGGAAUUGCUGCGUCUCAAAGACUACAUCCCCGAUGUAUUCAGAUUGUCAACAAAGGAGGAGCAGACAAAGUAUGCUGAAAUCAUCCUGGAUUUCCGCUACUUCAAGAUCUCAGACGUCCAGGAUCAGAAGAUAGAGAACGACGAAACGCUGCAGGAUCUAGAUAAUGAGUUUCGGGACAACAACAUCGAAAUCCUGACGCGUUUCUAUCUGGCAUUCGAGAGCGUUCAUCAGUACGUUGUGGACCUGAAGACGUUCAUCCAGGAGGUGAACGAUGGCAUUUACAUCCAGCAGAGCCUCGAGAGCAUCUUGCAAGAUGACGAGGGGAAGCAGCUGCUGUGUGAAUCCCUCUAUUUGUAUGGAGUGAUGCUGCUGGUUCUAGACCUCCACAUUCCGGGCGUGAUCAGGGAGCGCCUGCUCGUGUCUUACCACCGAUACAGUGCCCAGAAGUCGCAUGGAGAGAGUCACUUGGACGAUGUGUGUAAAUUGCUGAGAUCCACGGGCUUUUCCAACGCUCCAGGAGCGAAGAAAGUCCCCAAUUAUCCAGAGGAUUACUUCCGGCGCGUGUCGCUAGAUGAGAUGUUUGUGGAAAUGGUCAUUGGCAGACUCAGAUCUGAUGAUGUGUACAACCAGAUCGCCGUCUACCCUCUGCCAGAGCACAGAUCAACAGCCCUAGCCAACCAGGCGGGAAUGCUGUACGUGUGUCUCUUCUUCUCGCCAGCUACGCUACAGCAACAACCCUCGCGGAUGCGCGAGAUUGUGGACAAGUUCUUCUCCGACAACUGGAUUGUGUCCAUCUAUAUGGGCAUCACGGUGAACCUGAUCGACUCCUGGGGAGCCUAUAGAGCCGCCAAGGCUGCCCUCAACAACACCAUCGAAGCGCAGAUCCUCAAGGAGAUCGCCUCGAAGCACGAGAAGCUCAUCCAGCGACUCCUGAAGCAAUCGCGCGAGCUGCUGAGCGAAGGUGUGCUGAGUGAUAAGUACCUCAUCGCCAACACCGUGCGCGUGAUCAACGCCAUCCGCGAGUGCAACGUCACGCUUCGCUGGCUCAUCCUGCACACCGUGGAUCCCGUGAUUGACUGUAGUGGAAACAAGAGGUGCCGCGCUGCCCGCGAACAGGCUAUCCAGGACUCUGGUUACAAAGCUGUGGAAGUAUUCGAGCUGCUCCUCAACACAAGUCAGCUCGAGCUUCGCGUGAGGGACAUCCUGAAGGAAUUGCUGUGUGAAAAGGAGAAGCGCUGGGAUGGAUACAAGUUCGAGGCUGGCGACAGACUCAGGGAACUGAGUGAAGUCUUUGCGGGCGCCAAGACACUCACGAAGAUAGAGAAGAAUGAGAAUCUGCGAAAGUGGUUCAGCGAUAUUCAUCAGGAGAUUGAGAAGCUGGACAACAAGGCGCCCAAUGUGUGCGGCAGGAAGAUUGUGCAACUGAUCCAGGCGCUAGAGGAGGUGCAGGAGUUUCACAGUCUAGACACGAAUAUGCAAGUGAAGCAACUUCUGAUUGAGGUUCGAGAUUAUCUUCAUCAGAUGAUCCACACGAUCAAUAUCAAGGAAGACGCACUGAUCAACCUUCAGUUGAUCGGAGAUUUGAGCUAUGCAUGGAAGAUCGUGGACAAGUACACGCCAAUAAUGCAAGAGCACAUCAAAAAGUCCCCAAGUCUGGUCAUAAAGCUGCGAGCGACGUUUCUCAAGCUGGCCAGUGCUCUGGAAAUCCCUCUACUGAGGAUCAAUCAGGCCAAGAGUGAAGAUCUCAUCUCUGUGUCGCAAUACUACAGCAAUGAACUCGUGGAUUACGUGAGAAAAGUCGUGCAGAUCAUUCCGCAAACCAUCUUCUACAUCCUGUCACAGAUUGUGAGUCUGCAGACGAACACGAUCAGGGAGAUUCCCACCAGACUAGAGAAGGACAAGCUGAAAGAGUACGCGCAGUUGGAGGAGAGAUUCGAAGUGGCCAGGCUGACGUACACGUUGUCCGUCUUCACCGAAGGCAUCCUGAUGAUGAAGAAAACUCUCGUGGGCGUGAUUGAGCUGGACCCGAAGCAGCUGCUGGAAGAUGGCAUCCGCAAGGAGUUGGUGAGGAAUCUCUCCAACGCUCUGCACGAAACACUCUCGUUCAGCCCGAAGAUUAAACCUGGAGAACUGGAGCAGAAGCUUGUCGAGCUGACAAAGGUGAUCGAUGGGUAUCGGAGGUCAUUUGAGUAUGUCCAGGACUAUCUCAACAUCCAGGGAUUGAAGUUCUGGCAGGAAGAAAUGUCCAGGAUUAUCAACUACAAUGUGGAGAAGGAGUGCAACAGUUUCCUGCGCAGCAAAGUGCAGGAUUGGCAAUCUAUCUACCAGAAUCCCAUCAUUCCGAUCCCCGUCAUGCCACCAACGGACGCCACGUCUGUGAACUUCAUCGGACGCCUGGGCAGGGAGAUUCUGCGGCAAACAGAUCCCCAGAACACUGUCUACGUGGAAGUCCAGACGGCCUGGUAUGACAUCAGGACGCAAAAGGAGGGCAUCAACCUCAAGUUCUUCCCCAAGAUCAUCGGGGCGAUUGGACCGCCAGGAUUGCUGGGUCUGGACAAGCUCUACGCUUUCACCAUUGUCACUGAGCUGCAGCAACUGCUGGCCACGAUGGACAGGAACAUCUUCAGGGAGAAGAUCUGGUUGGACACGCUCACUUCCUUCGCCGAGGAGAUUUCAGGUCCCUCAAUUGCCAAUCCUGGGAAAUUCUAUCCCAACUACAUCAAUCGGUGCGUCAAGAUCUGGCCCAAGAUCCUCGACUGGGUGCUGAAGAUCGGUCAGAAGCAAAUCCUGAGGCGUCACAUUGGCUACGAGAUCAACAUCUGCUGUGCCUUCAAUUCUAAAAACCUCGAAUCCUCCCUCAGAACCAUGAAUGACGCUCUCUUGACGGAGAUCAGAGCCCAUGAGAUCGAUCCAGAACGUCCUUAUCCCAGCGCUGAGCUGCUCAGUGAACUCAACAAAUAUCUGGAAGCGGCAGGAAUUUGCAAUCCGCUAGACAAGAUUUAUGUCAUCACAAAGAAUUCCGCCCACUUUGCGCAGUUUCUCUUCCUCCUGGUCAUUUCGCAUCUGGCAAAGAUGCAGUUCGUCAAGAAUCUGGCCACACUGAUGGCCAAGAAGCAGUCAGAGCAGAUCGACGGAGCGCCUUUCAUCACGGGAAUCGUCACGAUACUCAGACAAUUCCACCCAAAGAUCACAGAUCUCUUCCUUCAGUACCUCUGUCAAUACAUCGUGUCUUACAUCGAAGCGGGAAUCAAGGUGAAAAGCGAGUUUAGCAGUGAAGCCCUGAUUGCUGUGCAUUUCCUCGAGGCCUUCAUCCGCACGACAAACAUUCCUCGCGCUUCUGUGAUUAAGCAUAUCCCAGCGCUCAUCCUCAACCAGUACGAGUACUUGUCGACCAAGGUUUAGGAAAGAAUUGAGCUUCAACUUUAAUUACUAAUCAUGUCUCUUACAGUGCUUUCUAGAGGCAAUUUUAACUAUUAUUUCACAACACAAUGUCUAAUAAUAUUGUAAAUGAACGCUCCAUUGAUGGAGUGAAUUUAUGCCCAGGAAAUACAAUUAUAAAUGAAUAAUAA